GUCUUUCACUACUGCUUUCUUUCACCUCGACAGGCACACCGUCUAAUUAAGUUUGGCAAUCGGAGAGAAGUGUAGUACUAUUACUCUAUCCGUGCCGAUUAUUUCUGAGCUGGCGAGACUUUUAAACCGACGACAGCGGUGAUUGGGCAGCGCAGUCACGGGAUCCGCAGUCUCUUCGCCCUGCCUAGAGUCAGUCAGUCAGUCAGUCAGGGGAAGGCGAGUCUGCCUGCAAGCGCUUCUCUCUGUGUGGAUCCACCAGACGCAGACAUACACGCUCACAAGGACCUUCACACACAAUUAUUGUUAAUUGCUGAACCCUUUUCGUUCUUUUGAGAGUCCGUUUUUCCACCAUGGGCGACAAAAAGAGCCCGACCAGGCCAAAAAGACAAGCCAAACCGACAGCGGACGACGGAUUUUGGGACUGUAGUGUGUGCACUUUCAGAAACAGUGCCGAAGCCUUCAAAUGCAGCAUCUGUGAUGUACGGAAGGGCACGUCUACCAGGAAACCCCGGAUAAACUCCCAGCUGGUGGCACAGCAGGUGGCCCAGCAGUACGCCAUUCCUCCUCCCCCAAAGAAAGAGAAGAAGGAAAAGCCUGAGAGGCCUGAGAAAGAUCGAACCGAGGGGGAGCGUCCCGACAGAAAUCCACAUGACACCGAACACACAGACAAGGACAAGAGUGAGAAGGAGCAGCCUGACAAAGAGAAAAAGGACAGAGAGAAGGAAAUCACCCCAGCUGUCAUCAAGAAACCCAACAGCAAAAAGAGCAAACCCAAGUUAGAUAGCCAUCAAAGCCCACCCAGUGAACGAAACAGCAUUCAAUCUGGCAAAUCCACAACCAAGACCAAGAACUCCCACAUCUCCAGGCCCAAGCUGAAGAACAUUGACAGGAGCACAGCCCAACAGCUGGCCAUCACAGUGGGGAACGUCACAGUGAUCAUAACAGACUUUAAGGAGAAGACCCGCACCUCCUCCACCUCGUCCUCCACAGUGACCUCGAGCACCGGCUCUGAAAAGCAACACCAGAGCUCUGGCUCCGAGAGCUUGGACAAAGGCUCAUCCCGUGCAUCGACACCAAAGGGAGAUCUCUUGGUCGGGCAUGAUGAGUCAUUCUGAGCACCACGGACGCUGUCGAGACAGCAGGGAUGUACUUUGCCUCCAUUUCCCCUCACCUUGCCCUGAGCCAACUCAUAUUCAUUUCUGUCACUGAAAGAGGAACAUACUGUCCUCUUACCCACACACACUCAACAUACCUACACAUACAUCUGUGUAAAUGGUGCAACCAUGGUGGACCGUGGAUUUGGUCUUCUGGGCAAACUGUCCCUAAUUUCCCUUCCUGGAGACAUCCCACUCUUGUAUGUAUUGUUUUAUAUUUGUAUGUGGAUGUGCAGCUGAAUCAACAUUUUUGUUUUGUUUAAAAAAAAUAUAUAUAUAAAUAUGUAAAUGUCCUCUGUGCACAGUAACCACCGACAUUUUAACUAUUCCGGACCAUUAAUGCUCUUAUUUAUAUUGCAUCUUUUUACUUUUAGAGAAUUUUUUAUUUUUUUUUGGUCAAAGGUUUUUUUCAGAUAAAGUAGCUCAAGCCGAUGGCUCCCCUUUAGUGUUGAAACCAGUUUUCUGGAGAUUCCUGAGAAACUUCUCACAAUGGUGCUAGCUACACUGUGAAAUGGUUUCAGUCCUCAGAAUGACGUUCACACCAUAGAAACGGAUCCCCGUGCUCCUGAAAACAGGCUGGUGUCAGGCUGCAUUCUUCUGUUGCUUUGUUUUGGGAUUUUUUUCCAUUUUGCGAGACUAAUCUGAAUUUGUGCACUGGGGGGGGGUCCCAAGAUCUAGUUUCGUCAACAUACUAAACAGAGAAUGUUUUACACCCGUUGCGUUAUGGAGAAGACAGCUGAGAUUCACAAACUGCAAGAAGACAUUGCAAGCAUGAUGUGUGAGCUUUGGAUUUGAUCAUUCGAAGAUGAACUGAGGUUUCUUAAUGCUCACUUGGCUUAAUGUCUGGUUUUGCAAUUGUAUUCAGAACAUUUUGUUUGACAGCUUUUAUUGUCCUUCAUGGUCAACAUAUGAUGUAUUGUAAAAACACUAAAAGGGUUUGAUGUCUCAAAUGUCUCAAAGGUCCGUAGGCCUUUAAAGUUGAAGAACUGCUUCUGCGUUUUAUAGUUAUUUUUGAUCGAAAGAAACCGAUUUUAAUCUUAGGGUUUUACUCAGCCUUGUUUUAAUCUGAAAACAGAUUUGUGACAUUUUCCCAUUUUCAGAAACCUAGAUGAUGGUGAGCAGUGCAGUAUUUACUAAAACAGUCCCAGCGCUAGAAAUAAGAGACAUUGUGCUGAACAUGAACUGUUGCUGAAUGCAUGGGAACUCUAGCAAACAUUCAGCACUAACAUUUUUCAAUUAGUUUACUUCAGUGUCACGAAAAAUUGACGCGAGCAUGAUUUCCUACAAUAUUCCCGCUCCCCAUUAACUCGAGAUGUCUAGCUGGCGGUCCCACAAUUCUCAAAGUCAGCAUAUCUUCCCUUUGAACUGUAUUAAACCUGUACAAAGUAUGUGUAUAUGAUAUGAGUUUUAUUUAUUGAAGGACCAAAGGAAUUUGAUAUUGAUGACAUGCUAGGCAAAUGAAUAAUUCAAAAUGUAAUUACCAUAUGUGUGAUAUAACAUUUUAAUAAAGUCUAAUAUAAUCCA